AUGGCUUCCACUACCAAGCGUGCCGACUUUGAGGCCAUCUUCCCCUCGCUGGCCCAGGAUAUCCUGGCCCACGCGAAGAAGUACAACCUCCCCGCCAAUGCCCUCGAGUGGUUCGAAAAGUCUCUGAACACCAAUGUCCCCGGUGGAAAGCUCAACCGUGGCCUCUCCGUCCCCGACACCGCUCUCGCCCUCCUGAAGAAGCCCCUGACCGACGAGCAAUUCGAGCACUUGAGCAUCCUGGGCUGGCUCACCGAGCUGCUCCAGGCCUUCUUCCUGGUCAGCGAUGAUCUUAUGGACAGUUCCAUUACCCGUCGUGGCCUGCCCUGCUGGUACCGUAACGAGGGUGUUGGUCUGAUCGCCAUCAACGACGCCUUCAUGCUGGAGGGGGCCAUCUACCUCAUCCUGAAGCAGCGCUUCCGCUCGCAUCCCGCUUACAUCGACAUCGUUGAGCUCUUCCACGAGGUCACCUGGCAAACCGAGCUGGGUCAGCUCUGCGAUCUGAUCACCGCCCCCGAGGACAAUGUCAACCUGGACAACUUCUCCAUGGAGAAGUACAUGUUCAUCGUCACCUACAAGACAGCGUACUACAGCUUCUACCUUCCUGUGGCUUUGGCCAUGCACUACCUGCAGGUGGCCACCGAGGAGAACCUCAAGCAGGCCCACGACAUCCUGAUCCCUCUGGGCCAGUACUUCCAGAUCCAGGAUGACUACCUGGACAACUUCGGUGACCCUUCGGUCAUCGGCAAGAUCGGCACCGAUAUCCAGGACAACAAGUGCUCGUGGUUGGUCAACCAAGCCAUUCAGCGCUGCACUCCCGAGCAGCGCCAGGUGCUGGACGCUGCCUACGGCCGCAAGGACAAGGAGCAGGAGGCCAAGGUGAAGAAGAUCUUCCAUGAGCUGGAGCUGGAGAAGCUGUACAAGGAGUACGAGGAGAAGGUUGUGGGCGAGCUGCGGUCCAAGAUUGCGGCCGUGGACGAGUCCAAGGGUCUCAAGAAGGAGGUCUUCGAGGCCUUCCUCGGCAAGAUCUACAAGCGGACCAAAUAG